AUGACCGCCCCAAAUGUCGUCCUCGAAACCACCAUGGGCGCCAUAACCCUCGAACUCUACCCAGACCACGCGCCGCGCACCUGCCAAAACUUCCUCGAGCUCACCAAGCGAUCUUACUACGACAACAUCGUGAUCCACCGCAUCAUCCCGAACUUCAUGAUCCAAACUGGUGACCCGACGGGCACCGGCCGCGGCGGGAGCAGCAUCUAUGGCGACAAGUUUGAGGACGAGAUCCACGCGGGCUUGCGACAUACGGGCGCGGGGGUGUUGAGUAUGGCCAACGCGGGGCCGAAUACCAACGGUAGCCAGUUUUUUAUUACCCUUGCACCGACACCAUGGCUCGAUGGGAAACAUACUAUUUUUGGGCGUGUUCAGAGCGGGUUGGGGGCUGUGAAGAGGAUGGGGCUUGUGAGGACGGGUGUUGAGGACCGGCCGGUGGAGGAGGUGAAGAUUCUGAAGGCGAGGGUCGUGGAGGAAGGCGGUCAUGGAUAA